CAAAAUGCGACAGGUAUAUACAAUCACGAGACCAUAUGGUCUAAGAGUAAUUUAAGAAGUCCAAAAUUCAUCAUGACUAACGCCACUUAGAUGGCUUUUAAAUUCUAUUCUCAUUAGCAUAUUUACCUCAUCUGCACUAUGUAAUUCAUUUGGACCAAACUUUUUCGUCAAAUGAUGAGCAGUGAAAGUUAUACGGUCGAUCUAAAACUUCCACAGCUUCUUCUGACCCUUGUAAAUCGACUCUAUUUGCCAAAUGGUUCAAAUGAUGACUCUUUAAUAUACGAUCUGAUUAAAACGGUUAAAAAAAUCCAAAAUUCAAUUAGCAUUAAUUAUCAACCAAACUGUUCAAGUAUAAAGGAAGAAAUAAUUUGCGAGACACUUCAAAUAUGCCAGGAAUUGAUCUAUGCGAUGAAGUUUCUGGAGCGUGCUUCCAAAAAAGCUGGGAAAAACUUCCAGUUUUCGACCAGUGAUUUGGAGGAUUUGGCUGAAAUAACAGAAGUGCUGGAUGAGUUAGCAGACAAGCUGGACGAAUGUUCGAGAUCAGAGAACAACCAUAAUUGUACGACGAGCACACAUAGUGAGACACCAGUCACUAAACCUGAACACGAAGCAAAGCCCGCCGAACAACUGGGCUUUUCAGAUUUAAUUGAGCACAUCAAGAAACUAGAUCUCUGCUCGACUAGACUCGAACAAGACCGAAAAUUUGCCAUGGGGCCCUACUUACAGCCAACUCAAAUUAACAAAUUGAAAAUUAAUUUGAACGUUCUUCGCGAAGGUAUCAAAAAAGCAAAGCAAUCAAUUAUUGAGUCAAUAAUGACAAUAUAUGCGCUAAGAAGUGAGCAUGAAGCUACGCGGUCAGAAGUUCUCUACACGAUAAUCAGAAACAUCAAAGAGACUACAGCCGAAAAUUCAGCUUCUCUUCAGUUUCUGGAUGCGAUUUCGAAAAAUACAAAAGAUUUUGGAAGCAACGAGCGAUGGUUUUAUGAGUUACUUUGUCUUUUGGAUAUUUCAGAUGAACAAAUUCAAUCAAGGGUAAUUAGCCUUUCGAGUCAUAAUUCAGUCAAAAGUGUCGGAAAUUGCGAGCACAAGUCCGAGAGAUCGGAACCUUCAAAUAUAUUCUCAGGAAACGAACGCAUUGACGAAAGGUUCUAAUAUUUUUCGAAGUUCAAAUAAUUUGUAAAAUAAAAUUUGGUUUAAGCCUGCCGAAAGUUAUAAUUAGCAAACUUGGUUGUUCUGAAGGCAAAAAUUAAAGUUAGAAAAAAUUAAUAUUGCUUCUGAAGAAUGUUGCAAG